GACCUUAUUGACAAGUCAGCUAGUUUGCUCGUGAAGUUCGAAGUGAACAAGAAACAGAUUGCAUCCCACAAUUGUCCAGAGGUCCGCGGAGCAAUGCAGCAGCUGAAUAAGUCACCAGCUUGGUUGGAGCAUUGGACAUCUAAAACCACCCAUCUAAAGGACCAAAGGAAACUUCAUGACCAAUUGUCUGCAAUUACAACUCAGCUUGUGAGCAAAGGGGAAUCCCUCGAUAGUCCAUGGCUACUAUCGAAAAUACUUUCAAAAUUUACGGAAAACAUCCAGAGAAAUACACUCAAGGAAAAAGUUUCCUUACCCCCGCAUGAAAGGUGGACAUUGACAAAGCUCAUGACUACCUUGGAUGUUGUCAUAAAACAGGAAGAAGAGAUUGAACGGCAUAUGCCCAAACAAUCUGACAGCAGGCAAUAUCCAGAAAAACCAGUGAAGAAGAUUGAAACAAGAACGAAAACUCGUUCACCAUUUUGUUUCUAUUGCGAGAGCAAAGAACAUUGGUCAACAGAUUGUACCAAAAUUACAGCUCCAAAAGCAAGACUCGAACAUCUGAAGAAAAGCAACCGCUGCAUAGGUUGCGGAUCGAAGGGACACAGUUUUGCUGAGUGCAAAGCUAGAGGAUGUAUGCACUGUGGAAAGAAGCAUCACACUUCUACAUGCUUCAAAUCAAGUGCGACUCAUGAAGCUUCGAAAGCACAAACUCCGAAUUGGAAGAAGGAAGAGAAGCAAAAAUCAUCCAAAGCUCGACAAAAUCUUACAUUGUGUGAAGAAGAAGACACACAUACAGACAAUGAUAAUACAGAUAACUUUACGGUGAUGAAAGUAGAAGACGCUUCUCAUCGAACCCAACAAGGGGAGAUAUUUCUUCUAAGUGGAGCGUUACGAACACUGCACCCUCGAACGAAGAAAUUUGUCAAAGUCAGUGUUCUCUUAGAUACAGGUGCGGAUCGCAGCUUCAUCGAUGAAAGACUAGCCAAAAAACUUCAACUACCUAACCACGGACAGCAACCGCGAAAGGAAACCCAAUGCAUCAAGACAUGCAUGAAUGUGUGGGACUCUGAAGGAGAGCAACAUAAACUACAACUCUACACUCACACAAUUCUUACAAGAAACAUUAGUGGAGGGAAACUUCAGAAAGAAGAUCUUCAGUACAUCCACAAAAAGCAGAUAACAUUGAGCUCUGCACCAAGUGGCAUAGCUCAACCUCCUGAAGUUUUGAUCGGAUGCGAUCAGCUUUGGAACUUCAUAAAAUUUGAAGCACCACACUUUGUUCUGCCAUCAGGGCUGAAACUUAUACCCACAAGUCUGGGGUACAUGGUGACUGGAAAGCGUAUACAAGAAACACGCACAUUCAAAGCUGCACUCGACAGUUCAUUCGAUAGGAACCGAACGAGAUAA